CGCCGGGCGCGAGGGGAGGGGCGGUGCUGGCAAGGGCGGUGGCUCCCUCUGAGGAGGCCUGAGGGCAGGUGGACCUGCGGGCUGGGACGGCUCGGCAGCCCCUUUACAACUCGUUUUCUUCGCAUCCACCUUCGCAGGGCAGCGGCUGGCGGCGCAAUGAACCUGGCCGGGCUCCUGCUGGACGAAGAAGGCACCUUCUCCGUCACCGGCUUCCAGGACUUUUCGUUCCUCCCAGGACACCAGAAGUUGAGUUCGAGGAUCCGGAGAAGACUUUACUAUGGCUGGGACUGGGAAACUGACUGUAGCCUGGAGGAGCUCUCCAGCCCCAUGGCAGACAUUGCUGUGGAAUUGCUCCAGAAGGCAGCCCCCAGCCCUAUUCGCCGUCUCCAGAAGAAAUACGUAGCCCAUGUGUCCCGGGAGGCGUGCAUCUCCCCGUGUGCUAUGAUGCUAGCUCUGGUGUACAUUGAGCGGCUGCGGCACCGAAACCCUGACUACCUACAGCAUGUGUCCUCCUCUGACUUGUUCCUGAUCUCUAUGAUGGUGGCUAGUAAGUACCUCUACGAUGAAGGGGAGGAGGAGGAGGUCUUCAAUGAUGAAUGGGGAGCUGCAGGGGGUGUGGCUGUGCCCACUCUCAAUGCCCUGGAGAGGGGCUUCCUGAGUGCCAUGGAUUGGCGUCUCUACACUGACCCUCGGGAGAUCUUUGAGGUGCUGAGCUGGUUAGAGAGCUGUGUGGCUGAGCAUCAGGGACGGCGACGGGGCUGGUACACCUAUACAGACCUGUGUGUGCUGCUGGAGCAGCCAGCCUGGCAGCUGGCCCUGGGCUCCCUCUGCCAUCAACUGGCAAAGCUGUCCUGCCUAUUAGCGAUAGCAUAUGUGAGCAGUGUGGCCCUGGCUGUGGCAUCAGUGGCUGUAAUAUACCAGUCCUUGGGACUGUCCUGCAGUCCUCCACCUGGCCCCCCGGACCUUGGACUGGCCUCCAGGUGCCUCUUGGAACCCUGCAUACCUUCUCCUGUGCCACAGUGCCUGCCAUCUCCUGGCAAUGUCUCCAGCUGCCUGGAAAGCGACAUAAGGCUACAUUCACUCUGGGACAGUCUUCUGGCCUCAUUGACCCCCCCACCGUUGCCUCCCCCAGACCCUCCUGCCCCUCCCACUCUUCUCCAUAACUGUCCCCUUUGCCAGAAGCUCCAGAAAGACUUGCCAACUUGUCGUGCCUGCCACCAUCCCAACCAUACGGUGCCCACAGGACCCCCAAGUCCCUGGUACCACUCCUAUGGCCCAGCUCCACCCUGGGCCUGGAGCCCCAUGCCCUCCUUGCUCCCACAGCCCCAGGAGUGUUCCCUUUUUGGCAUCAUGGAGCUGGCCCGCCUUAAGUCUUUCAUUUUCCCAGGCUAGGUAGGGUUCUGAGGAAUUCCUGGUGAGGACUUGGGAGUCCUGGAGGAAGAAUGCUUGAGUUAGAUUCUCUCUACCUCUCUGGGUCCUUGGCUGGUCCCGUUAUUCUGGGUGAGGGAGCUUAAGGGGUGAUGGGGCAGAAGGCCUACAGGUCACUUGCUCUUUUAGGCUUAAGCGGCUGGCUGCUUGGGCAAGCAGUGGUGGUGCCACAGAAAGCCUCAGUUCAGUGACCAGGGGCAUGCCACAGAUGGACAGAGAAGCCCUUGUCUCCUUACCGCUAGACUCUUUUUAGACUAGCCUUUUAGUUCCCUGGGAUGGAAGGGUAAAGGUGGGAGAUGAGAAGUGGGGGAGGGAGGGAAUGCUGACCAGGCUCUGUGUGAUGUCUCUGAAGCAAGAGAGCCAGGGACUGAUAGGGCCAAGGGGAGAGCUUCCGAGCGAAGGCCGGUGAGGUGGGAACCCGAUCCACACCCGCCCCUUGGGGAUAGUCCAGAGGAGCCAGGACUGCCGGGACCUUCAACCUUGCCCUUUGGUCUUCCCACCUUUUCUUUUUAGUACUCUGCUCCUGGGCUUCCAUUUCUUCCGGUUCCUCUUCUGGGUGUUCUCACAGGCCUCUCUGGCCACCGCUUUGUAUCUGGGUUUUUCCACGCUUUUGUAGAACUGGGGUUUCAAUAAACAGUUUCAGUUGCAUGGCCUGGACUCCUUCUCUGGCAGCCCUUGGCAGAACUUCCUCCCCCACAUCUGCCUUCUGAGCCUCCCUGCUCCCUGACUCCGUCAUCCUGCAACUCUCUCUCCGCCCCAUUUCGGAAGAACCUCCCUGCCUCCCCGUUCCCAGCACCCAGGGGUCACUGGCACGGCUCCGCUUGGUUGCUGUGGGGUGUGGGUGGUGACCACUGUGCCUGGGGUUGGCCCUAUCCAUCUUAAGUUCUGGGUGAGCGCCACUCUUACAGAUCCUGAAGCACAUUUGGGGAGAGAGGCCAAGUCAAGUAUGCAGCAGAUCCCUGCCAGUUCGAGGGCAAGCCCCAACCCCUGAACCCUAAAUCCAGCCCUGUCCAGCACGUGGUGGUAGUCAUUAAGAGCAGUCCGAGGCUGGGUUAUUGGAAGAAGGAAAACCUCUCUGAGCUGAACUGAGGGUAUUUAAGACUACUUCAGAUUAUCCAUAGCUGGGGUGUACUACCUGCCUGCCAGGGGGGCAUUUUUGAGGCAAAUAUUUGAAGAUAUGCUACUCGUAUUUAGCCACGGCAGAAUGCUAGACACUCUGCAAUGCUCAAGACCCCUUUUAUUAGGAAGAGUUCCCAAGAUGACUUUGGAAUGACCAGCUGCACGUCGUGCAUAGGGAAACCUUUAUAUUUGAGCCUAGAACUAUCCGACUUCACAUGUAAACACAAAGUCCUUUUUGUACAAUUUGAAAAAGUCUGAUUUCCAGGAAUGCACAUCCAUGUAAAUUAAAACUAACUUUGCUUCAACGCUUGA